GCUGAAUAGGAUCCAAAUCAUUGAGUAUUUAAAUAAUAAAUACUACCCAAGUCUGGUAUAUAGUAAUAAUUUGUCUACUUAUGCUCAUACAUAUAUGUAUAGUGCUGUGUGAGUCUGUAAUAGCUAGUACAGAUUCACUUGAGUCAAUUCAAUUAGAUUUUUCGCAAAUAUGAGAUAGCUCACCGUAUAGUUUAUAUUUAUUACAGAUUGUUUCAGAAAAACGUUGCAAUUUUUUUUAGGGCGUAAAGUCGAUCAAAAAGGCAUGAAAAGUCUGUUUUGAAACGUCUUUGGCAUUUUCAAUAAGAAAAAUUGGCUUGAAUAUUUGAGGCAAAAUCUGUUUAAAAAACUUCAAGCCGUUCUACUUUGGAAGUACGCUGAAGUUGCUAAAAUUUGACGAACGCCGCGACAUCUUCCGUGCAUACCGCAGAACGUCGAGCAGUUAUUAGCCAGAAUAUGGAAUGAGGAUGAUAAUCAGCUGGGCAAACCAUUGGUAGAUGGCAGACGGUUGUAUGAAGUGUAUUCAGAGACUAAUACUAGCUCACCACUGCAUUAUUUGAACAAAGUUCAGGUUUUGCCCUUAUUCAGCCUCAUCAGCGGCAUAGACAUUACAACAUCCUUUACCUCUGUGAGCAGACAUACAUAUGUAACCUAGAAGUAUUGCCACGUUUUUCUGAAACACUGUAGAUUAAUUACUCAACAUUAGUGUUCAACUAAUUUCAAUUUUCAGACUAUUCAGCAUAUGGAAAGUAGAUCAGGACUGGCGGGACAAAUUAAGAGAAACUGUUAAAACAAUAAAGGAAAAACAGUUGCGAAUAUAUAGGUUACUCCGGACGCUAUUGGAAGAAACGGAUGAAAACGAAUUUGAAACAAAUUUUUCUAAAAUAUUUGCAUCCCUUAGCGUGGAUCAAGAAACAGCUCAGUUUGCAGAUUUUUUUGUCACUAACUAUACGAUGGACGUUGCAAGUUGGGCCUAUUGUUAUCGCUCAGAUGUCGGGAUAAAACCGAGCUUGCAUCUUGAGAGGAUGUGCAAAACUAUCGAAAACGUAUAUUUGAAAAGCCAGAGAGACAAGAGACUUUACCAAGGAAUCAACGCUAUUAUGAACUUAGGGAGUGGCAGUCUAGAGCACUCGGUCGAUUUAGACAAAAAGCAACUAGACAAGAAACUCCAAACUACAUUUUAUCGUCAUACCACCAGUCUGAACAUGGAUUUAGAUUUGGUAUUAAGCGGAGAGGAUGGUUGGAAUGUACUGUCUAUAGACUUGAAAGAAUCCAAUGUCGUUCAAAGGAUUAGAGAUAGUUGUGACUGUGAAUCAAGUUGCCUAUAUUGUCAACGCUGUCUUCAUCAAUAUGUUUGUUCAUGCAACGACUUUUUCCUUGGUUCUAAUAUGUGCAAGCAUAUACAUUUGAUUUGCAGAUAUUCCGAUGAUCAGGAGACCACUGAUGAACCCAAAGAUGCUGGAAAAGACAUCGUGGUGAAACAAGCUCCUGAUGAGCCAAGUUCGUCUGGGAGCAGUCAGACAAUACCCCUAUUGUUAGAGACUGUGCGAAAGAGGGUUAUCGAAGAUAUGACAAAACUGCAGAAACGCGUUGAGAACCUAGAUGUUGAACAACUUAUAUAUGUACAAAAAUGUAUCGCGCCUAUAAAACCACAAUUGGAAAAUGCCAAACGAUUGAAAACUGAAUGAUUAAAAAAUGUAUAUAUUU